UAUCCAAGUAAAGCUGGCCACAGUGAUGCUUUAUAUCAGUGGACGAUUUCCGGAGAAGCGUUGGACAAACAGGGAGCCCCAUUCAUGAAGAAAACAGGAAAGGGGGGGACAAUCCCAGAUAAAUAAACGCAAGGGAAACUGUCUGGGGCAAGAUGAACAGAGGAGACAGAAGGGGAGAAACUGAGCAAAUUAAACAUCUGCUUUUAGGAUCUCAGCUGGAAAUGUAGUGCGGAUAUAAUGCAAAACAGCAGGACAAGUUCCGGUGGAGGUGCAGACAAAUUGGCAUGAAUGUACCCCCCUCUCCACCCCCCACACGCCUGGCCCCUCCCUCUCUCCCAUCAUUGGCUGGCUGGUUUCUAAGAAGGAAUUUAAAAAGGAGACAUGGCUUUUGCACAGCUUAGGCUCCUAGAGGACAAGAAGACUGAGAGGCAUCCCAGGCCUUCCCGCUGCUGCCUGGCUGAACAUGCAGACGUCUCAGGCUCUUUGCUCUUUCUGCAUCUUCUUCCAAGUCUUCCUUCCCUCCGGGAGAGGCUGGCAAGAGCUUAAAAACGAUGCCACGGAGAUAGUCGUCCCCGAGUUCCCAGAGAAUACUGAGCCGCCAGCAAAGCAACUGCACACCCAGAACGGCAAUGACACUAUGAACAACCGGCCGCAGCAAGGAGACAGGCACCCCCAGGUUGUUCUGGGCAGGACAGAACCAUUGAAGUUCAGCUGCCGGGAAAUGUAUUCAACCCGCUAUGUCACUGAAGGCCCAUGCCGCAGCAUCAAACCAAUCAGGGAGCUGGUCUGCUCUGGUCAAUGCCUUCCAUCCCACCUCCUUCCCAAUUCAAUUGGCAAGGGGAAAUGGUGGCGGCAGAACGCUCUGGAUUACCGCUGCAUCCCAGCGCACAAUCGUUCCCAGCGCAUCCAGCUAGCCUGCCCCGACGAGGACAUUCGGACUAUCAAGAUUAGAACCAUCACAUCUUGCAAGUGCAAACGGUACACCCGUUCCCACAACCGGUCCCAGCUCAAGGACUUCAGCAAAGAGACUGCCCCGCCUCAGAACAACAAAAAGUCACGCCUCUCCAGGGCCAGGGGCAGUAAGGCCAACCAGCCGGAGCUCGAGAACUCCUACUAGCUGAGGGCCUUUGGCAAGGCCCAGCCUAGAAGCGGAGUUUUUGUUUUUGCAAGACCCACUUUCCCCUUAUUGAUGGCAACGGGAUCAAAAUGGAACAGAGUGAGCAGGGGCGGGGUGAGGGGUGGCCACAGCCACAGUUGCUGCCCCGGCUGGAGGUUCAGAGCUGAUGCAGCCAAAAGCUCUCAGACUCUCCUUGAGGUAGUUGGAUGAGAGAGGUGUGGGGGGGAAACAGGAUGAAAUUGAGCUGGAGGAAGCAGCUCUGAGCAGAGUUGCUCAGAGGUUAGCAAGGGGGUUGUGCGACUCAAAUGGCCAAAGGGGUUGGGGGGGGGCUCAGUUGCACCACUACAUUCUUCAAGACUACCUUGUCCUUACUCUGUUUGACAAAGGACUGGCACCUCUCUGUGAAAGCAAACAUACAUCAAUUUAGAACUGAGUGACAUCUCUAAGGGUGUGUGCUCACCUGCACACCUUCAAUUGCUGUGCUUAACACUUUGCUUCUUCGUGGGUUGCGCAUUAAUGUGUUGUGCCGCAGUGUUGCCUGAGCUAUGCGCUUUGUUCUUUGUCAAUGGUAUAUAUUUGCUUCCUCUUCCCAUGAUCUAUUGGGCUGCACUCCACAUUGGUCAGGAAAAGGGAGAGUUUAAAAUCCAUGCCAUAUUGCACGGUGCCAAAUGUAUAUCUCUUCAUAGACAGCUAACUGCAGGGGCAAGUUACAUCAGGAAACGAAAAAAUGGGGUCGCAAAACCUUGAAAAGGCAUCUCUAUUAGGAACAGCAAAAUAGGCAGCAGUAUGCAAAUUAAAAAACAAACAGAAAAACAUCAGGGGUGUGUGUAAAGGUGGUUGUGCACACAAUCAUCUUUAUAUAUAUAAAAAAGAUAUUAAACCCUUUGAUGAGAGCAGAGGGGGAUUGUGGAGAAGCCAUGUGAGGCUCUUCCAAAGAGCCAUUGCUAGCUUAUUCUUAUCAACGUCUCAAUAAAGCAUGUGCUUGAUAUAUUUUUUUCUAGGAAACGGAGGACUAUUUUAUUCAUUAUAUUUUUUCAGGGGCAUCCAUAAAGUGUUUUGACACAUAAGUCUCAAAAUGUAAAGUGAUCACAUGGCAAGUACAUGUUGGCCACAGCCAUCUCAUGUUGGAUGGACCACAUCUCCUUGCCAUGUCAUGGCACCCGCCUUUGCCAACAUACUAUGUGCAAAGCAACUCUGGUUUAAAUUGUAAAGCACCAUAAGCUAGAUAGACCAAUGGUCUGUCUCAGCAGAAGACAGCUUCCUAGGUUCCCCAAUGAGAGGUCAUAAUAACCAGAGAACCCACACGCUGGUGUGGGAGUAAUGUCUCUCUGACACUUCUCAUUUUGGAAAUGAAGCUUUGGCUUCUAUAUUCCAUGCAUCCAGUUGAGGCAGGUGCCUCUGAUAUCAGUGAGGCACUGAAUCCACUUUCAGCACCUUGGACAGCUCUUUGAAAGUUUGCACUAACAACCGGAGUGGUUUCACUGCCCGACUGACAUGGAGCCACCAGCCGCCACUGAUGUUCCUACACAAGGCACAGAGGUGGUCAAAGAGGAGCUUUGCCAUAGGGAUUGGAACCACCAUAGGAAGCACGAUUCUGACAUUUAGCACCUGCAGAGCCACUUUGCCAACAAUGUUUGUCCUACAAGGGUGUAGAAAAGAAGAAUACAUGCAGGGCUGGUAUAAGGGUCAGCAUAGUUGGGAACCUACUGAGGCCCACACACUAGUAUGGGGUUCACUGUGUUGACUCCCCUCCCCUCGCCCCUUACCAGGCUUCUCCUUCUUGCUGUUGCUGCCUGUUCACCUCCACUCUCCAAGCAUGAGAUGAAGCAGCUUUGUCUUCUCUGUCUGGGCAAAGGAGCAGAUUAGAUCCAGAGGGAGGAGGCAAGCUUAUGGGCAGUGAUGACAGUGGCAAGGGAGUGGGCACCUUGCCCAAGUGGCCCCUCAAAAUCUGGAGCCAACCCUACACACAUGUAUAUUUUCCUCUGCAUAUCAUCGUGCGUGGAAAACAACACUGCACUUUCCCUACAUGGAAUUAUGAGAUCACUUCAACUUCCAGAUGCAUGCCAGGCACACGCAUGUGUCAAUUUCACAAAUCAUUAUGUCCAUCAACUAAUGCUCCCUGCCCCCAUCUCUGUGGGUAAACUGUUGGGAAUCCCAACUUUUAAAAGAAACAGGCAAAGGCCAAAAAAAAGUUUCUAGUCCUCACAGUGGCAGAUUUAUUUAUUUUUGAGGGGAGGAGUUUUGGAAACAAGAAGGCAAUUCAAAGGGGAACCAAAUUCAUUUGCUCUAGUAAAGUGGAUUCAAUCUUGUCUGUGAAAACAGAUUUCUGGCCUUGACCUGGAUAUACUUGCUGUGCAGAAAUUAGAAAUCUGUUACGCUUUUCAUGAGUGCAGUGUUUAUCAACAGGUGUCUCACCCUCUUCACAUAAGGAGCAAGCCUGGCGCUCCCUUGAUCGUCUGGACAGUUCAUUCAUUUUUAGGAUGCCAUUGAUCUGAUCCGCCUCAGUAUAGUGUGUUUUGUCCAUUUACCAUCUUCUUCUCCCACUCUAGCUGUAUUACAACCACAAUGUUGUUUUUAAUCCUCAUUGUUAAUAUAUAUUUAAGUUUUAAAAGUUGUUCUCUGCAAUGAUGAGGUCUAGAAAACCUAAUUUUAAAAUGCUGAGGAAGACCUUUUCUCUGGGUGAUGCAUAACAGCAAUAAUAAAUACAUAUUAUAAAGAAUUUCCAUUGCAUUUACGGUGCUGUGAGCGGUGUUGAUCAUCCUUAUAAAACCUUUGUGCAAGAUGUCAUAGACGUUCUCAUAUUGUCCAGUACAAGCUGUAAGUCUCACUGUAUUGCAUGGGGCUUUCUCCAUAUGUGUUUAGGAUUGCAUCCUUACAUUCCAAUCAUAUAUAUGUCUACUCAGAAGUAAGUCCUACUGAUUUCAAUGAGGCUUAUUUCUAGGUAAGUGGAUAUAGAACUCCAGCCUUAGAGACUGUGACUGCACGCAGUGGAUUUAUGACAGCCAGGAUUUGGACCCAGCUUUCAGUCAAUAAUAUAUAGUAUACUACCUACUGGAGAUCGAUUCUAGAUGUCCUAGGGCUCAUCCAAAGAGCUUUGAAUGUGCUGUAAAUUCUGCUGCAUUGGAAUUAAAGGAAAAAGGAGAGAAAGGCAACGAGCUACCCCCAUCUUCAAUUUCUGAAAUGAGCAGUGCCCGGGCCUCAAGCCUCCUUGGAGGUCAUUCCCUUAUCCUGGACACCUUUUCCUUAAAUCCAGAUAUGUGAGACUUAGUUAUUCAGUGGUAAGAAACAUGCACUGUGCAUGAGUUCAGAUGCACUUGGUUUCAUGUUCCCUGUACAUUUAGCAUUCCCAUAUAUCAACAUCUGGAGGGCCCAUACAACAUCUGUGCCCCUCCAAAUGUUGUUGCACGCCAAUCCUUCUUUUAAAAAAUCACCAAUGUAAACAUGCUGGGGUUUCCUGCUUGAAUGUUAUGCUCUCUUGCCAAAUGUCCCUGCCCUGUCCAGAGGGUGGUGAAGUAAAUGCAUUCUGCACAUGCUUAUUGACUCAAUCUUUUAAAAAGAAUUACCUCUCUUGUUCCAAGGGACAAUUCAGAUAUUGAAAAUAAAUGCCAGGACUAAGCCCUAUGCUCAAAGUAAGCCCUGUUUUUGUUUUUUUAGAAAACUGAGAUAGAAUUUAGGGCAGGGCUAGGAAACCUGUGGCCCUCCAGAUGUUGAUGGACUCCUAUCAUCGCUGACUAUUGGCCAUGUUGACUGGGGCUCAUGGGAGUUGAAGUCCAACAACAUCUGGAGGGCCACAGGUUCUCCAGGCCCGGUUUAGAGAAAGAGAAGUUCUCUUCAGAUUCCUUUCCUUUGUCCUUGAGUUUACACUGUUACUGGAAAGCCACUAGCUGUAUAUAUACUGUAUGUGGUUAAGCUGCAAAUGAUAUCAAGACAGAAUUCAGAUCUGGGUACAUCCCUUCCCUGAUUGCUCCUGCCUCAUUAUUUCUUUGACUCGUGUGAUGUGUGGCCUUUUGGAUUUUGUUUCCACUAGCGGAUUUGGCAAUGAAAAAGCUGCAUUUUCCAAGAUUAAAACAGCAUAUUUAUUUCCCUGUAAAAAGUAUUUAUGCAAUUUGUUUCUUUGUCUUUGUUUUUCCUCCUGUAGCAAGUGGGCAGUUGUGCUCCUCAGAUACUUAGCCUGAUGUUUCAGAGUUAUACAGAUAUAUUCCUAAAGGUAUUAAAUUAAUAAAGUC